UCCUGCCUCUUCCUCAUUCUGUCUCUUUCCCUGAAAUCACAGCUUCUGGCAAACAACAUUCGGACCAUUGUCCAAUAUCGCAUGCUCAGUUUCAACUGCGAUUCUUUGGCAUCAGCUUUAUGUAUACCGUCAAUCAUCGGCUAGGAUCCAAGGUUGCUCUAAUCUCCUGAAACUUUCCAAGCCAAGGUAACGUGAGUGUUUUUCUUUUAAAGGGUGUAUGAUGAGUCCAGGCAAACCGUUUAAGACCAGAAGCAAUAGAACUGCAUCGCCUUUCUCUGCUACGUCUUGAGAAUCAGAGAUUGGAUCAUAUCCCAUUCCCAUGCAAAAAGAAAGGCAAACAUAGAAUUGCGUCAGGAUUAAUGGCAUUCCAUUUCCCCAUGAGAGCUCAGUCAGUUGGAAGUUCAGCAUUUUAUGCAGAGAGAAUAACGGAAGAACCUCAUCCUCUCACAAACAGUAAAAAUGCUCAGAGCGCCGUCACGUUGGUGUACCAAACCAAUAUACUAGGCUAUUGGCGUAACGUUACGAUUAUGUGGUGCAAGAAUCUUAUGAAUCAUGCUCUCAGCAUUAUGGUGAAUAGCAUGGAAGGAGAUGCUCAAUACAGUUGCAAGAUUGACCUUAAGCCUUGGCAUUUCUGGAGCAAAAAAGGGUACAAAUCCUUUGACGUUGAAGGGAAGCAAGUAGAUGUCUACUGGGAUCUGCGAUCGGCAAAAUUUACCACUGGCCCUGAACCAGUAGCAGAAUAUUACGUCGCUCUAGUUGCUGAUGAAGAGGUGGUGUUAUUGCUGGGAGAUUACAAGAAAAAGGCAUACAAGAGAACGAAAUCAAGACCAGCCUUGGUUGAACCUCUCCUGUUUUACAAGCAGGAAAACGUGUUUGCCAAGAAGAGUUUUGCAACCAGGGCUAAAUUCGAUGAAAGAAGAAAAGAACACGACAUCGUUGUGGAGAGUUCAACAAAUGGAUUUAAAGACCCUGAAAUGUGGAUAAGCAUGGAUGGGGUUGUGUUGAUUCACAUUAGGAAUUUGCAGUGGAAAUUCAGGGGUAACCAGACUGUUUUGGUAGAUAAGCAACCCGUGCAAGUGCUCUGGGAUGUGCAUGACUGGUUGUUUACCAGUCCUGGAACUGGCCAUGGCUUGUUUAUAUUCAAGCCCAUCGCAGCUGAAGCAGAAAGUGACAGAGAGGGCAGUGGCCAUGGAGGCGACAGUGAUACCAGCACUGGAACCAGGUAUUAUUCUACACACAGCCCCACCAUGACAUCCGAAUUCAGUCUGUUUCUUCAUGCGUGGAAGAUUGAGUGAGAUUCAAUGUGUGCAUUCCGAGAUUUCCAUUACAAAAAAAUCCUUUUGCAGGCAAUU